UUACGCGUCGGUCAGCCACGGAUGUUUGCAGCACUCAAAUGUGAAUUCGGUUUGCAGCAAAAAACGCCUCGUCGCCUACUCGUCAAUGGAACAUUAAUACAACACGCGGAACGCAAUGAAGCCAUUCACAAACUACAAUUACAACUUCUCACCGGGUGGCCAAAGUUCAAUUGCCAGGAUUCCCAUGCGUCGUCGUGUCCACCUGCCUCGCAAGUCCAUCGACUCGUAAUCAUAAUCAUAACAACUCCGAGUUCAACACAGCACCAGAAACAGAAAUCAAAGCAGGAAGCAGAAGCAGCUCUAUGCAAUGGCUUCCAGCAGUAGCAGCAGCAGCAACAGCAACAGCAGCAGCAACAACAAUUUCCGCAGCAAAAGUCACAACCUAACACAUGUGCCGCAAUGCCGCCUGAGAACCGGCAAUGGCUCAACGACCACGACUUUGGAUGCAAGUUGUGAGCGAGGCCAGAAGGAAUGCUACUAUUAUCAACCACCUACCUCCCAGCACCAGCAUCAGCUUCAGUUACAGGAACAGCAGCAGCAACAGCAGCAGCCUCUGCAACAGCAACAACAGCAACAGAAACAACAACAACCACAUCGACAUCAGUGUUGGCCAAGUUUGCAGUUUGGCCGAUGGCUGAGCGCAAUGACCGCCUAUCGAUUGCUGACAAUCAGCCUCCUAAUUGGAAUUCUGUGUCUACAUCACGUUCACGGUGUGGAUCCCAAAUUCGACCCAUCCACGCGCAUGCGGCUCGUACUUGUGCCGGCAGACGCACAGGUCGGCUCUGUAAUCUAUAGAUUGCGUGCAACUGACGAGGAGUUCGACUAUCCACUGACCUUUGAGUUUAUGGGCGAUGCAUCGUCAUCCACCGUCAAGGUGGAAUCGCUUCCAUGCACCAAGUACAAUUCGGUCUGUCAGGCAAAUGUUGUGCUCCAGCGUCGCCUCGAGCCCGGCCGCUACUAUGACUUCCAGGUCUCAGUGAAGGACACAAAUGGUGGCAUAGCCACGCAAUUGUGUUCAAUUACGGCAACCAAUUUCACAACACCCCAUGACCUCAUCUUUCCACACAAGCCUGGCAUCAUUAUGAUACCCGAGGAUGCAAAGCGAGGCACCGAACUCGACUAUGUAAUCGCACGCAAGAAUCCGCUUUAUCAAAAACCAGUCUACCUCGAGCUAUGGGGUUCUCCUUUAUUUGCCAUAAGACAAAAGAUCAUAUCGGCGGAGACGACAGAAGGCACUGUGUUCCUCUUGGGUCCUUUGGAUUUUGAGAAACAAGCCAUGUACCACAUAACAAUACUGGCUAAUGAUGCAUAUGCCGAACCUGGACAGGAUGGCCGCAAUAUUGCUGGCAUGGAAAUUGUUGUCAUUGUCCAAGAUGUACAAGAUCAACCGCCGGUCUUCACACUGGCCCCACCGGUUACAAAGCUGCCACCCGGUAUACUGCCCGGCGACAAAAUAUUGCAAGUUCAUGCAGAGGAUGGCGACAAGGGCAAUCCGCGGGAGGUGCGUUAUGGCCUGGUAUCGGAGAACAAUCCGUUUACGUCUUUUUUCGAUAUCAACGAUACGAGUGGUGAGAUUUUUCUGAUGCGACCACUCGAAGAUAUUGCGGCCAUAACGCAUGUGGGCGAUCCCGUCCUGCUCACCGUAAUUGCGGAAGAAGUUAAGGUUGGUCGUGACGAACCUCCAGCGAUGGCAUCCACAGUGCAAUUGGCGUUCUUUCUGCCGGAACGUACCAAUUCGCCGCCUUACUUCGAGAACGAUCACUACGUCUCGAGGGUGGACGAGAAUGCACCUCAGGGCACAGCGCUGACGUUCAUCGAUCCAUAUGUGCCGCGAGUGUAUGACGAUGAUACCGGCAAAAAUGGCGUCUUCUCGCUGACACUGCUCAACAAUAAUGGCACAUUCGAGAUUACCCCCAAUGUGGCGGAACGCAGUGCCUCGUUCCUCAUACGAGUGCGCGACAACUCGUGGCUGGACUACGAGCAGCGGCAUUCGGUGCAGUUCAAUGUGCUAGCCCAGGAGCUGGGACCCGCAACGAACCUGUCGGCCAUCGUCAAUGUCACCGUCUACAUCAACGAUGUGAAUGACAACACACCGGUGUUCGAUCAGCCAGCCUAUACGGUCGAUUUGCCCGAGAACAUGACGGUGGGCACAAAGGUGGUUCAGGUGCAUGCCAGUGACUUGGAUUCGGGUCUGGGUGGCAAAGUGCGUUACACUGCCAUCUUGGGUUACCUGAACACCUCGCUGAAUCUAAAUGCCGAGGACGGCAGCAUCACGGUGUCGACAAACAGUCACGGCUUCGAUCGCGAAGUAAUGCCCGAAUAUCAUUUGUAUGUGGAGGCCCGGGACAUGGAUGGCAAUGGGAAUCGCGCUCAAGUGCCGCUCAUUAUCAAGCUAAUUGAUGUGAAUGAUGAGGUGCCUGUUUUCGAUAAGGAUCUGUAUGAGUUUAUACUGGCCACCGAUCUGCAGAGCUUCACAACGAAUGCAUUUAUUCAUGCCACCGACAAGGAUGCCACAGCUCCCAACAAUGUGGUGCGCUACGAGAUCAUCAAUGGCAACUACGAGAACAAUUUCGUGUUGGACAAAGUGUCAGGCGAGUUGACAGUGCGCGAGAAGAUCAAGCUGCGUUCCAAGAAGCAAGUUAGCCAGCGCAGAAGACGCGCUGUAGCCGAGGGCGAAGACGAUCUCUUCAUACUGACGGCGAGAGCUUAUGAUCUGGGCGUUCCUGUACGAUUCUCCACCACCAUGAUACGCAUUUAUCCGCCAGAGAGUCGUAAGCGCACAGUGACCUUUGUAGUACCCGGACACAAUCCAGACAAACGCAAAACUGAGGAAACACUUUCGGCCAUAACGGGAGGCAAAGUGUUCAUACACGACAUGCGUCCACUCACUUCGGAGGAAGCUGGUGCUAAGGACAUACCCAAUGGCAAUCCUAAUGUCAAGGAACGCAGCGUAGUCACAGCAACUGUGCUGUACGACAGCUCCUCGGUGGUGGAUAUCUCACAGAUUCAACAGCGUUUGUCGCAGCACAAUAAUUCCUAUGCCAUCAUGCCACAGGAUACGGCAGAGACAGAUAGUCUCACUCCCUUGCAGACGCAGUAUAAGGCCGAGAAUAAAGUGCUCUUUUGGCUGCUCAUACUAUUGGCCACAUUGGUUGCUCUAACGAUUCUGAUCCUGCUGCUGUGCUGCAUCUGUUCGUGGUGUCCACUGUAUGGUGCAACAACCAAAAGAAUAGUUAAUAUCAGUAAAACUGAAGACGAUGUACAUCUAGUGCAUAGGGAAAUGGCAAAUGGAAAACAUACAAAAUCUGUUCAGGUCGCAGAGUGGAUGGGAAGAAGAGAGGCAUGGUCAGCGGAGAAGCCAUCCGAUACACGAACGAAGCCCACACGCUGGGAGUUCCGGGAUGGCCGUGAACAGUCUGACGAAAACCUAGAAAUGCAGCACGCUGGUAUCGAUAACGAUAACACGCGCACCCAAUCAGCCGAAUACCAGCAACGACGCGUUCGCAUCAAAAACAACCGCACAGCCAAAGAAGAGCCUCAUCAUAGUUUCCAUAACUCUAGAACUAAUUUAAUCAACGAUCGUGACGUGUACAUUGAAGAUGUAUUAGAUGAUCAGCACCUAGCUGAGAUCAAAGAGAACUUUACCCGCGGCAAGGGCCAACGAAAUUUGGACCACACUCGCAUGAAGAAUUACGAUACGGAAACUCGACAAAUCGACGAUGAUUCGAUGCGUAGACAUGAAAUUGAGCGUGGCAGUGACAUCGAUCUAAAUACUGCACACAAUAGUCUCAAGAAUAAGCGAGAGCUGUUCAUUAAGGAUGGAAAUGUGGAGAUAUUGCAGCUAAUGACCAGGGACAAGACGCAAAAUGGCGCAGGUGGCAUGGACGAGGAUAACAUCUAUGUGAAUAUCCCGAUGAAAACGUCCACGGAUCUCACACAUCCACAACUGUUGAUGGUCGACAACACGGGCAAGGAGAUACUCAUGCGACGUUUCAUUGAGGAACAACCAGAUGGCAAGCAAAUCAUUCGCGAACAUUAUCACAUUGUGCCAGGGGCCACAUACAUUCAAUCUAUGCCAAAUGAGAUCCAACAGGGCUCAACACUCAAAGGCGAUACGUUUCCCUUUGGCAAAUCGGGACCAAAUAGCAUAGUCUACUCGCAAACGGAACCUGAGGUGAAAGUCAUACACACACAAUCCGUGCAAGCAGCGGAAGGGGCACAACUUCAGCCUGCUAUAUCGAAUCAAUCACUAACCCAGGAGCUGGAGAAUUCGUUGAAGCAACAGAAUGCACUCUUGCGACAGAUACUGAUGGAGAAGGAGCUGCUGGAGACGAGGUACACCCAGCAUGAGCUAGUUUUAGAAACACAAAGUCUUCCAGGUCAAUCGAUGGCCAUUGGCACACAGACGGACUGCGAUGCCGGCACUCAAACGGAGCCAGCUGAGAGCUACGUGGAAAGGACCUCCGUGAGCUCACAGGCACAAGUGGGAACUUCGACACGACGACGUGCGCGCAGUGAGAACGAUGACUCCAUGUCCGAGGAUGAGUACAGAUAUGUGCGGUUUAGUCCGCCAAACAGUCCGGAGGGCGUCUAUUGGAUCAAGCGACGGCGUCCCAAGAAACGUUCUCGACUACGAGAGGGCACACGACCGGGAAAGCGCAUUGUUAUGGUUGAGGAUGUGAAGCGAAAGAUCAGAACGCCGAUUAAGGAGGAGGAGGAGGUCUAUGAGAAAAAGCGUGUUCCACCUAAGAAACCCUUAAGGGAGACUAAGACAAGCAUUCUGCGCAAACAGCUGAGCGAUGAGAGCCGCAAAAACGAAAGCAUCUCACACAAGGAACCACAUAUUGUAAAUCACAGACACAAGUCCGAAGCACUGAGUCGGGAAGUACUCAUGGAAAUCUCGGAUUCUUUAGAUGAUGCUGGAAGUCCGAGACGGCAUAGAUCGCGUAGCAUUCCAGUGCAAGAGUACUACAACAACUCUGAUGGAGAAGUCGACGAGAAUGGGACUGAAUACUCCAUUGACUCGGACGAAGAUGAGAUUGUGAUUAGAACAAAUGGCCACACAACAGGUUAUCCACUUGAGCGAGCAGAGGCGUAUGCUAGAAAGGUAAGAGAUGCAGAAAGAGAAGCUGAGCUGCAUCAGAAGCACAGUACAUCCCACCAAACUAAGCAGAGCAGCAGAAGAUCUCCGUCAGAGACACGCCACGAAAUAGAGCCGGAAAUCAAGCCAAGACUGUCACGUCGAGACAGCUCGCGCCGUAGCCAAGAGUCACGAAAGCAAACAUCCUCAGAGCCACCACACAGUCGUUUGUCCAUAUCGAAAUACGAAAGCGCCGUCGAAGAUAAUGGCAGAAAUGGUCACCCAGCUGAGUUGUCCGGCUCGAAGCGUCGCUCCUCCAAUGAACGGUAUUAUCAGAGCGAAACGGAGUUGGCUGCACACGAAGAACCGAGCUCAGGCAAAGUACCCAAGUAUAUGGAAUGGUAUUAUGGUAAAAAGAAACCUUCCAACAGUGGUCGCACCUCGACAGAGUCAUCCAAGUCGCAGCUAUCGUCCAAGAAGAAAGUCAAUGGUGUUGAGAAGCGUGUGUCGAAACCACGAGCAAAUGCCAAGACCGAAGAUCCGUCGCCAUAUGAGGAAGCGGGUAAAUUCAAGCCGGAGCCAGCACCUCGAAGAUCUCCACCCAAGGGAAGUCGUAUGCUUAAGGAGGAUCGAGCCUUGAACAAACAGCAUAAGCCCAAAAUUGAGACUGACACCAAUCAUCCGCUGUUGCAGCACUCUGAGCAUCGCUUCGAGCGUGAGAAUGCGCCAGAAGUGCCAGCGCCACCCACAAAAUUGCCACACUAUAUGUAUCCGGAGACCCCAACGUAUGCGGAUAAGGAUCAUUCAUCGCAGAGACAGAAGCCGAAGCCAUCGCCCAUCAAGGAGAACGAAAUCAAAGUGACCAAAUCGAGAAUCAAUCUAAAUGUCGACGAUCAUCAUGGAGGUGGAGGAGCAAGUCAUGCCACAUCGCACGUCCAAAAGCAAUUGAAUGCAUCCACACUUGAGGAUGAUCACGAUUCGGGCAUUGCAAUGAAUUCGCUUAUGAAUAGUAUGGGACGUCGCAAUCCAAUUGCCGAAAAGAAAAGCGUUUUCUCGAUUGCCUACGACGAUGUCAGUCGCGUGAAAAAGAUCACUUCAGGUGGAGAGUCCCCCCAGUAUUCAUAAUGCUAUCAAGGAUUCUCGAGCAUUUUGAAUUAACCAAUAUAUGUGAUAGCCUCUAAGGCUCGUUUAACCUUCAAGCAAUACAAUUCGUUAUACGAUUACAUUUGCUAUCUAAAUACAAAUAAAUACAUACGCUUUAGAUAACGGUAUGACAUGAUCCUGUUGAGGUCCUUGCAAUUAGUUUUCAUGCACCGAAUACAUCUUGAGAUGUCUUCACGAUUGUCAAAUAUUGUAGUUUUUAUCAGUUAUGGUAUAGUAACGAAAAAGGGUUUUAACCCAGCAAAUUUAUACAAAAAAAAUAUUAAAUAUAUUCAAUUAUAGUUGGUGUAUGCUGAGUAUUAUUUCUCAUUGUAAAUAUUCCAUCUGUUAAUCUUCUAUUCAUUCUGUCCAUCCAAGUUCAUUUUUAUCAACCUACCAAAAAUGAUUCUUUAAUUCUGAGGUCUAUAUCCACUUGAUUCCUAUAUAUGUUUAUAAGUAUGUAUUGUUAUGCCCAGGAUUUAACCUAGCCAAAACUCAUUUUUAAUUACAUUUUAAUAAGUUAAUUCUCUCUUUCUAGAUCGAUUAUAAAUAUCAUUUUAAACCUAAUUUGCAAAUACAAAAUAACUAAGGCAAUCAAACAAUCAAAUAGUAUUCAAGCGCAAAAUAAUAAUUUUAAAUGAUUAGACUUUAGAAUUAUGAACAAGUUUCGAUCAGAUUUUGUUUAUCUUAACCGAAUACUAUAUAGAUAAAUCACCAGUUACCUUAACGUUAGUCAUUCUAUAUGCUAUUCCUAUUACAAUGUUUAUUGUUUGAAAGUCUAGAAUCUUUUCCGCUUUAGUUUCCGCUCAUACAUUAAUGUAAACACUAUACAUACAUACAUACAUACAUGUUUAAAUAAUAACUGCCAUAUUGACGUUAAAUCAUCUACAAGAUAUUAACAAUCUGACGAUGCACUUGUAUAUAAAGAAUAGAUCGUAAAAUAUAAUUAUUGGAACAAUAUUCUUGCCUCUAAUGUUAAUGUAAAUAUGUAUCUAUUGAUAAGCAUUGUCUAACAAAAGCACCUGAUUUAUGAUAGCAAAAUGUAUGUGUUGGAUAAAUCAGUUAAAAUAUAUUAAUGUUUAACUACGAUUAAUGAAGAAUAUGUUAGAGUUAAAACCAAUAUCAUGUGUAACGUUUUUAUAUCUGAUUAUUAAAUAAACUAUACAAAUAAAAAUAACUACAAAA